AUGGGAUUUCCAUUUAAUGAACAAUUACCAAAUGUUGGACGAAUAAAUGAAGCAUACAGUUUUACAAUAGCAAAUACCACUUAUAAAUCAAAUACUUACGGACAAAUUUCAUAUAAAGCUACAAAUUUACCUACUUGGUUAUCUUUUGAUUCAAAUUCAAGAACUUUUACAGGUACUCCAAAAGAUAGUGAUGUCGGAGAAUUUCAAAUUACUUUACAAGGUACUGAUGAAAGUGAUCAAUCUACAAUGACAAAUAAUUAUACUAUGAUAGUUUCGAAUGAUACUGGAUUGCAUUUAAUUUCUCAAAAUAUAAUGAAUCAAGAAAUCUCAUCAUUUGGUAGAACUAAUGGUAAUAAUGGAUUAGUUGUUAAACCUGGUGAAAAUAUAAAUUUAAAAUUUAAUAAAGAUAUUUUUGAAAGUUAUUCAACAAGUGAUCGACCAAUUAUUGCUUAUUAUGGUAGAUCAGCUGAUCGUAGUUCAUUACCAAAUUGGUUAAAUUUUGAUGGUGAUAAUUUAAUUUUUUCAGGUACUGUACCUCAAGUGACUUCAGAAAAUGCUCCAUCAUUUGAAUAUGGUUUUACUUUUAUUGCAAGUGAUUAUUAUGGGUAUGCUGGUGCUUCCGGCAUAUUUAAAUUAGUUGUUGGUGGUCAUCAAUUAAACACAAAUUUGAAUCAAACUAUAAAAGUCAAUGGUACUUUUGAACAAGAAAUCGAUGAAAUUAUCCCAAUUUUAUCAAAUGUUUAUCUUGAUGAUGAAUUAAUCUCAAAAGAUAAUAUUUCUGAUGUUUACGGUAAUAAUUUACCAGAUUAUUUAAAAUUAGACGAAAAUGACUAUGCAAUUAUUGGUACUUUGCCAAAUAAGUCACAGGCAGAUAGUUUUUCAAUUACCGUCAGAGAUGUUUAUGGUAACACUGUUGAUAUUCCUUAUUCAUUUGAUACAAUUGGAUCAAUUUUUACAAUAAAUUCAUUGAAUGAUGUCAAUGCAACAAAGGGAGAAUGGUUUGAGUAUCAAAUAAUGAAUUCAAUUUUUACAAAUGUCAAUAAUACUGAUAUUCAAGUUAAAUAUGAUAAUUCAAAUUGGUUAGAUUAUCAUGACAAUAACAGAACAUUAAAUGGGUUAACUCCAAAAGAUUUUAAUGAAUUACAAGUUACAAUUGAAGGAUCAAUGGAUUCUGAAGAUGAAAGUAAAAGUUUUAAUAUAAAGGGAGUUAAUAAACAAGUUACAAGUUCAUCACUGAGCAGUAGUUCAAGCUCAACUGCAACUACAUCAUCAUCAUCAUCAUCUUCUGCAACAUCAACCUCACAAACAACAACAGAUUCCUCAGAAACUUCAAGUGCUUCUGGUGUUUCAAAAUCAAAUAAAAAUAGAGAUUUAGCAAUUGGUCUUGGUGUUGGUAUCCCUGGAUUUUUAAUACUUCUUGCAGCUAUAAUAUUAAUAUGUUGUUGUUGUAAAAGAAAAAGAAACAACAAAAAAGAUGAUGCUGAAAAGGGAACAGUAUCAACUUCUUCAGAUGAUGGUCAAGGUCCAGUUACAAAAGGUGGAGUAUUACCAAUGGAUCCAAAACAUGAAUCACAAGUUAAUUUAAUGAAAUUGGAAGGAUUAUCACCAAAUUCAUCAUCUUCAUCAUUAACUCAUGUUGAAUCUUCAAAUGAAUCAUAUUUUGAUACUCAAGAACAACCAAUGAAAAGUUGGAGAGCAAAUACAGAAUCUGAUGAUAUACAUCCAAGUGGAUUAUUAGGUAAUAAUAUGAGACAUAGUGAUGCAUCAAUGUCAACGGUUAACACAGAACAAUUAUUUUCAGUUAGAUUGGUUGAAGAUCAUUCAUUAAGAAACUCAGGAAUAUCAUCAUCAAAUUAUUUGAGUAAUCAAUCAUUAAAUGCCUUAUUAAGAAGAGAAAACUCGUUCAAUAUUCAAAGAUUAGAUUCAGAAGGAAAUAUAACUGAUUAUAAUACUUUAAACCCACUACAACAACUUCAAAAUUCAUCACCUGAAAAAUCAAGAUUAUCACAAUCACCAUCACAAUUAGAUAUAGUACCUGAAGAAAACCCAACCACUAACGAACAUCAUUAUUUAUUCAAUCAUCAAGAUCUUCAUAAUUCAAAUUCACCAUCAUCAAGUCCACUUAAAACAACAAAUUUCCAACCAUAUUCACCAAAACAAAACCAAGUAACUCAAAACCCCAAUUUAUCAUCAUUAUCAUUAGGUUCAAUAUCAAGUGAAAAAUUUAUAUAUGAUCAUAAAUUAAGAUCAAAUAAUUUGUCACCAACAAGACAAACAGAUCACAACGAUAAUGCAAAAUUAGUUGAUUUCACAAGAAAGGGAAGUUUAAGAGAUUCUGCUUAUGAACCUGAUUUUACUCAUCACGAAGAAAGUGCAAGUAUACAUCAUGGAUCAGAUAGUGAUUAA